CCAUUUUACCCCGUUUGAAUCACAUUAUAAUCACCUCUUCUUUAGCUACAAUCUGACCAAAAAAUCGUGGCAAAAAUCAAAGGCAAUCCCAAGAAAUAAAGCCCCAAAAUCAAUCAGAAAACACACCCCGGAAUGAAAAAAAAAAAAGAAAAAAACCCACAGCCAUGUUUUGAAAGCCUGUCCACACAGGCAGCAGAAUUAUCCCAUUUUUGGCACUACAAAGUAAAAAUACCAGACUAACUAAGCUUUGAUUUCGUUCCACGUGUACGCCUCCAAUAAUUCUUUGUCCAUGUUCGCAAUCCUCGUCUCUCUAAAUCAACCAAUCAUAGACGGACACUGGCGUCUGACGCAGGUCCCGCCCUGGCUUUAAAUUCCCAGAGUGUCAUUUCCACGGAAUAUCAAAGCAAAGCCUUUCCUCUGGAUUCCUCCUGAGUUCCUUCCUUGAUACUGUGAAAUCUUUCUCAAUUGUACCUGUUUUGUUUCUGUGAUCACUUAUGGCCACCGCUGAACCUGAAGUUCCGGUUACGGAGCAGCAGCCGUCGGCAGCAGAGGAGCCAAAGCCGGCGGAGAAACCUGUCAAGGAGAGGAAACGCAAAGCGGUGCCAAAGGAGAAAAAACCAAAAGUUCCGAAGGAGAAAAGGCCUAAACAGCCAAAAACCGCUGCCCAUCCUCCUUAUUUCCAGAUGAUUAAGGAGGCGCUCCUGGCUCUGAACGAUAAGAGUGGUUCGAGUCCGUACGCCAUAGCCAAGUACAUGGAAGAGAAGCACAAAGCGGUGCUUCCAGCGAAUUUCAGGAAAAUAUUAGCUCUUCAGCUUAAAAACUCAGCUGCCAGAGGCAAACUGAUAAAGAUCAAGGCCUCUUACAAGCUCUCCGAGGCUGGAAAAGAAGGGAAAGCCACUGCUACAAGGGCUAAAACGGAGAAGAAACCUAAGCGAGCUGCUGCAAAGCCACGGAAGUCUGAAGCAACAAAGAAGCCAGCAAAGAAAGUUGGAGCUAAGAAGAAAUCAACUCCUGCAAAACCUAAGCAGCCUAAAUCUAUCAAGUCACCUGCUGCUAAAAAAGCCAAGAAGGCCACUGCUUAAAACAAAGUGUAGAAAGUGCUUUAGGUUUUAUUUUUGUGGAUAUAUAUCUAGUUGUAGUCUGGUUGUAUGAGUUAAAUAUGGGUUUUGAAAAAAAGGUAGGGGGCUUUUGGUUGAUCUUAUCAGUUAUGAUCUGCAAUGGAAAACAGACUUUUUGUA